UCUGCUCGAAGCCCAAGAAAACUGACGCUUCCCGGCAUACCCACAUCAACAUGGCGUACCCAGAGCGCAACCGCCCUCACUUCUCCGGCUGGACACCGAUCAACGCCGCAGACACCUCACAAGCUCCUACGCCCAGCCAGCACACCAACUAUCCCACAACCACAAGCACAACCCCCCAGCCGCCUCCUCCAGGCCACACCGAGAACGCCGCCGUCCCCGUCCUCACCGAAGCCGCCCUCCAGCGGAACUUCCUUCGCGACCUCGCCCCCCAAUCCACGAAGAACAACAAGCCCUUCUUCGGCAUCGACAGCUACCCCACCACCACCAUCCCCAUCUCCAUCCCCACGCGGCCCAAGCUCAUGCCCGUGAGCAGGAAGCACCGCCACCGAGAGCGGCACCGGGAGCAGCAGCAGCAGCGCGCUCACCGCACAGCCCGCACCACCAACGCGCACGCAGCCUCGCUGCUCAGCAAUGCCAACAUUAGAUACCCCUCCACGCGGCGCACGCAGCCCCCACUCGUCAAGCAAGCGCCUUCAGAGCUGUUCGACCCCACGGCCUGCCCGCCAGACAAGCUCUUCACGGUCGACACGGCUGGCUGCGCCGCGUUCCGCGGGCUGGCGCUCAUGGCGCCGGGGCCUGUGACUGUGGAGGGGAUUCUUAGUCGCGCGGAGGAGAAGAAGGUGAAGGCGGCAUUGGAGGAGGAGGAGAUGGAGGGAGGGGAGCGCAGUGCUGUUGUUGGUGGUGGUGGGAGGGCGCGCGCGAUCGACGACCCCGCGCUGGAUGCGGACUACACGCCGCCUUUUUCUUCGGCUUGGAGUGAGUGCGAGGAGGAGGACGACGACGAGUGGGACCCGGAGGAGUAUCGGCCCGAGGACUUGGUGUAGAGAUGGGCUGGCUUGUCUCGACGGCGUGCUAAGUGGUGUGGUGGAGGCGCGUGGGUAAGAUCUUCUUGAAUGGCUGGCUGGGCUUGG